UUGAUUGAAGUAUUGUGAGAAGUGUUUUGCGUGCUUCAGUUUGUUGGAUAUACUCUCAGUUCAAACCAAUUUAUACUUGAGUCGACUGACGUUUGAUAGAGACUAGGUCAUUUGAGUACACCAAAAAUGGCCACGGGAGCAAAUGCAACUCCAUUAGGGAAGUUGCACCCAAGUAUUGGCGCUAAACGAGGAUUUGACGCCGGGCCUGGUGCGGGGAACGGGCUGAUGCCGACACCAGUGCCGCCCGCAUCCUUUCCUUCGCUACAAGGUUUCCAGCCUUCUAUGCCAAACACAUCUUUUCCACAGUUUAAUCCGGGGACGAGUUUUUCGGCUCAGGCUCAACAACAACCAGCUGCGGGGGCCGGACUAGCCAAACCAGAUUUCGGUCAGAAGAAACAGAGGAAGAAGAGUCGUUGGAGCAGCGAGACGCCUGAUCAGAAGACAGUCAUACCGGGCAUGCCCACUGUCAUUCCUCCUGGAUUGACCCGGGAUCAAGAAAGAGCCUAUAUAGUCCAACUGCAGAUCGAAGACCUGACUCGUAAACUGCGUACAGGAGACCUGGGAAUCCCUGUUAACCCUGAGGACAGGUCUCCCUCGCCAGAGCCCAUCUACAACAGCGAGGGCAAGAGGUUGAACACCCGCGAGUAUCGCACGCGGAAGAAGAUCGAGGAGGAGCGGCACUCCCUCAUCACUGAGAUGGUUGGACUCAACCCUGACUUCAAGCCUCCUGCAGACUAUAAACCUCCAGCUACCAGAGUCAAUGACAAAGUUAUGAUUCCUCAGGAUGAAUACCCAGAAAUCAACUUUGUGGGUCUGCUAAUCGGGCCACGUGGUAACACAUUGAAGAACAUUGAGAAGGAGUGCUGUGCUAAGAUCAUGAUCCGCGGUAAAGGUUCUGUGAAGGAAGGGAAGGUGGGCCGAAAGGAUGGACAGAUGCUCCCAGGGGAAGAUGAGCCCCUGCACGCCCUGGUCACCGCCAACACCAUGGAGAACGUCAAGAAAGCUGUGGAGCAGAUCCGCAACAUCCUGAAGCAAGGCAUUGAGACGCCCGAGGAUCAGAACGACCUACGAAAGAUGCAGCUGAGGGAGCUCGCCAGACUCAACGGCACGCUGAGGGAAGACGACAACAGGAUUCUUCGUCCGUGGCAAAACUCCGAGCCUCGCAGCAUCACCAACACCACCCUCUGUACCAAGUGUGGUGGAGCAGGCCACAUCUCCUCUGACUGCAAGUACACCAGCACAUUUGCUGCCCACAGAGCGACAGGUGGCGAGCCUCCUCAGUCGGCCCAGGACAAGGCUCGUAUGGACAAGGAGUAUCUGUCCCUCAUGGCAGAGCUGGGGGAGGCUCCGGUCCCCACAUCUGGCGGCGGCCACUCCAGCACCCAGGGAGGAGCGCCUCGGGCCUCGGGCCCCAACAACAGCCAGCCACCGCCGCAGAACCGGCCUCCGUGGAUGAGCUCUGGUCCGACCGAGAACAGAAACUUCCAUGGCAUGCAUGGAGGGCCUGGUGGCCAUGGAGGACCACACAACUUCCCUCCCCCCAUGCCCAACAUGGGAGGGCCCCCUCUACCCCCCAACCCCAACGGCCUACCUCCCCCCUGGAUGCAGCCCCCUCCUCCUCCCAUGGGCCAGGGUCCAGGACCUCAUGGACACCCUAUGGGUCUUCUGCCACCUCCAAUGGGAAUGAUGCCACCUCCGCCUCCUCCCCCGAGCAACCAGCCGCCUCCCCCACCUUCUGGUCCCCUGCCACCAUGGCAACAGCAGGCCCCACCUCCACCUCCAACCAGCAGCAUGGCAACCAGUACAGCGCUGCCCUGGCAACAAAAUACCACCACUACAUCCAGCCCUGGCACAGGCACCCUGCCUCCAUGGCAACAGCCCCAGCAGCCUGCAGCCUCUGGAGCCCAGCCCCCGCCACCAAUGGGCACCCCGUCCAUGGUGCCGCCUCCCCCUGGAGUCCAGCCCCCCUUGCCUCCUGGCGCCCCUCCUCCUCCCCCUCCACCGCCUCCAGGCUCAACCGGCAUGAUGUAUGCCCCACCGCCACCCCCACCACCCAUGGACCCCUCCAACUUUGUCACCAUGAUGGGGAUGGGAGUGCCAGGCAUGCCCCCCUUUGGCAUGCCUCCUGCCCCACCUCCUCCUCCACCCCAGAAUUAACCCCGCCACAGAAGAAUCAUUCUCCCACGAGAGUUUCAACGCUGCAGCACAUUGUUCACCAGAUAUCCAAUAGACUGAUGUUAUAUAGAGCGUCUAUGUGUGCUCACAGAAAAAAUAUAACCAGUGCUUUAUUUUUUAUUGAUCCUUGAUAUUGUGAAGACAUCUCUGAAACAAUGAAAAGCUGUGUUGGUUCAAUUUGUAAAGUUGUGUAACUUAAUGAGUUCUUUCUUUUCUUUUUCUUUUUUUUUUUUCCCUGUUUUUAAAGUUUAGAUUCACUCAAAUCUUCUUGUGCGCAUCCAAACACGGUCGCCCUCGGCCACGUGUUUUGCAGUGCUACAAUAACUUUUGUCAUGUUACCUGUUCACCAAAUAAACUGCUCCAAUAGCCAGCUGCAAAUUUAAUUUGUGCUGAACAGUCUCAUUGCUCCAGUAUUCCAAGUUAAGACCUGAAAAUAUUAACUGUCAUGCUUCAGCUUGCAUGAUUCAUUUUAAACACCUCCUUCUGUUUCAAAAGUCUCCUCCUGUCAUGUUUUCCCUGUUUUGGCUUUGAGUUGAAUAAGAUUAAUAUUUUUGUAAUAAUGAGAUGUGAAGUGUAUCUUAGUUCUGUCAGAAAAAAAAAAACAAAACUUUCUGUAGUACUGUCUCAGCUAAGUUCCCAGGGUUUUUAAAUCUUUUUUUUCCCCUUUUUUUUUUAAACUAAUCUGCAUCUCAGUUGUAACACUGAGUGUGAAAAGGGAGGGGAGGUUUGGUGCUGCAGUCUGCUCGCUUCUGACCCCCCCCGCUACUACUUGAAUGCUGAGAAGCUAAUAUAUCCAUGUUUUUUUUUUGGUUUUUUGUUUUUUUUUUUUACUGCAUCCCUCUGCUCUGAUAAGAUGCUGUGUGCAGUGUUUGUGUUGCUUAUGCAAGGACAAAAGUAUCGGUUUUGUCCCUGGAGGUCAUGGAAGAAGAAAAAAAAAUUUUUUUUUUAAUUUUACUCUGUUUCCGGGAUCAGUCUGUUGUGUUACGGCAGUAAGCCUGAAUGAAUAGCUGUUGAAAUCUUGCCUGGUUUAGAAUUAAAUUGAUUUUCAUUUCACCUUUUUUUUGGUGUUCAGUGCAGAAUGCUUUCUCCCUUUCAUGGAUGUGAGGCUCUUUGUGUCGGCCACUUUUUUGGCUGCCUCAUCCAAAUGUGUUGCAUAACAAGGUUUUUUGUCAACGGUGUCCACUGCUGCUGAACUCUUCAGGAAGCGUGCACUUAAAGAAACAUGUAUGUCUUUAAGCAAACUUAUUAAAAAGUUUGUGUACAA